AAGAUUUAAUGCAAAUCGGAGUCUUUGAGAUAGUAGGAGGAGUCCUUCUCUUCUUCGUUACUGUUAUCAGCAAGGGCAUUGGGCUUCUUGGUGCAGGACUCGUCCUGCCCAUUUCCAAGAUUCUCUUUAACCUUUCCCAUAGGGAGUCGAUUGAGGUAGCAUCUCCUGCUAUCCUCUUCGCAGUGUUGAUAAAAUUUAUUGCAUUACUAAUAAGAAAGAAUGAGAAGUACAAGAACAGGAGGGUCGUGGACUUCAAAUUCGCUACAGUGAUCCUCCCACUUGUCUUAAUAGGAGCUUUCUGGGGAGAAGUGUUCCAUGCUAUAAUUGCAAGAGCAAUAGAGUCUGUUAUUUUCUGUCUAAUUGUUGCUUUCCUAUUAGUAAGGACCUUUAUGCAGUCUAUUAACAAAUAUAAGCUUCAUAAGAGACUUCAGAAGAAGAAAAAGAAGAGGAAUUUGAGUGUUACAUGAACUAGAGGAGGAAGCAUUCAUGGAGUCAAUGAUUCCUUAAGAAGCAGCAUUAACUCUGAAAGUAUCAACACUGAAUUCUCUGAAAGUCUUACUAUUAAUGAUGAUAAUGAAGAUUCUGAAGAAAAGCAGAAGAUGAAGAAAUACCUCGAGAAGGUUGAAUCAAUGAGACAACAAGCUUUUGAAGGUAUUGAUGAUAUCCAUAAUCAUCCGAAGUUUGACCAGAAGUAUAAACCUAGAUAUAUAAAAAGAGCUAUUCCAGUUCUGAUAGUGAUAUGCAUGUUAGUUCUCCAGCAUUUGUUAAGAGGAAGCCGAAAUUUUGACUCGACUAUACAGCUAGAACCAUGUAGUACGAAAUACUGGCUAAUAAUGCUCGGAUACACUUUGAUAUUACUUGCCAUAUUCUGAGUGGUAUUCUUGAUAACCAAGUAUGAACGCACUUAUCAUGGAGAUAUUGGUUAUGAAAUAAGUUAUGAUUGGAGUUUAUGGACUUUUAUCAAGGUUACUGUUGUCUCAAUCUUUGCAGGAUACACAACAACUGGGAUUGGAGUAGGCCUUGCAUUCUUAUGAUCUCCUUUACUUCACUCUUUGAACUUUCCUGAGGAUAUCUCAGAGCAUACUCCUCUCUUUUUAGAGUUGAUUGUAAGGACAGUCAAUGUUAUACAUUUCAUGAUAAUUGACAUUGAUCAAUGGACUUACAUGCUCUGGUUUGCAGCAUGGAUUCUACCAGGAGCCUUUAUAGGAGCUUUUAUAGUUCUUCCUUUCAUUAACAACAAUCAUUUCAGGACAUCCGUCAUUCUAGGACUUGGCACAUUGCUCCUCGCAAUAGCUUGAGUAGCUACAGCAGUAAUCGAUGGUAUCAAUAUUGCAAGGGAUGUGAGAGAGGGAGUACCACUUCUAAAUUUCCAUGGGUAUUGUGAUGAAAGCAACUAAUUCACAUCUUAAUUUCAAUAUUGAGCAUAA